GGAUGAUCCAGGAGCGCUUAGAGGCCACUGACAAUGUCCAAGGACCAAAAGCUGCUUUAGAAAACAGACUGAGAGAGACAGAGGAAUUCCAGAAAUGACAGCCAGACAACGAACAACCCUCGGAAUCCUAGUAGCACACAAACCCACCAACAUUCUCAAACAAAAACUAACAAACUUAAAAGACCCAGUACAACCCAUGGACAAAACCAACGUUAUCUACAAAAUUCCAUGCAAGGACUGUCACAAACACUACAUAGGACAAACAGGAAGAAAGUUAGCCACCAGGAUACACGAACACCAGCUAGCCACAAAAAGACACGACCCUCUCUCUCUCGUAGUCCUACACACGGAUGAAAAAAAAACACCAUUUUGACUGGGACAACACAUCUAUCCUGGGACAGGCUAAGCAAAGACAUGCCAGAGAAUUCCUCGAGGCCCUGCACUCCAACCGCAACACCAUAAACAAACACAUAGAUCUAGAUGCCAUCUAUCAACCCCUCAGAAAACAAACAGGAAAUGACAUCACCACAAACCCCAGGAACCCCAUCCAGGAGAAAGAUAUAAAUAGAAAGCAGGAGACAACAGCUUCUCUUCACUUGGAGGUCGCCACUGAUGAUGUUACCAAGCCAGGUUAUCUUAGCAGAGGAGCCUGAAGGGCAUCUCCGACUGGACAGGGUGCUGGUGAAGGCAGAAUCUCUCCUACGAGACAAAAAUGAUGAUGAGAAACAUGAAAUUCAUGCAGCAGUGAAACAUAUUAAAACCCUGUGGGAGGAUACACAAAUCAAUAUGGUCCAUUGUCACAGUCGGAUUGAAUGGAUCCUGUUGCAUUGGUCUGAAUAUUUGAAGGCGAGGGAAGAUUAUUUUCUAUGGUUGAUGAAUAUGAAACAAAGGCUGGAACCAGAUCUUGAAUUGCAGCUUGGUCUUAAGGAGAAGAAAUUGCAAUUAAGCCAUCACACAAUCCUACUCAGUAACAUUUUGAACCAGGCUGCCCUGCUUGAGCGACUCAUACAGGAAUCUGGGUCCUUAUUUGCAAAGACUGAAGAUGAGACAGUCAAUGAGGCAGCGCAGCAGAUAUUAAAAGCUGAUCAUGAAGCACUUGAGAUGAAAGCAAAGGAAAAGGUGAAGAUCUUGGAAGCAAUUGUACAACAGCAUCAAGAAUAUGCAGACAGGCGGGAGGAAUUCCAGAACUGGCUGCAUUGCAUGAAGGAAAAAAUUAAUAAAUGCAACACGUGCACAGACAAAAAGAAUCCGAUGGAGAGAUCAUUUAGAGAGCUGAAGGAACUGAGUGAUGAGGUCAGCAGGAAAAAGGGAGAGCUGGACAAUCUGCAGGUUGAGGCCACGACUGUAAUCCUCAGUACAUCUCCUCUAGGUGCUGAGAACAUCACCAAAGACCUGGAGACGCUGACAGCAAACUGGAAUAAUCUGAGGCUGAGCUGCCAGCAAGAUCAGGUGCCACUGGAGAUUGGAUUUCAUUCUGUGCUGGAAUCCAACUCAAGGGCUGAGCAGCUGGAGAGAGAAGUUGCCGAGUUAGCAGACUGGCUGCAGAGCUUAGAUUUGCAGCCUCCAGAUGAUGACGCGAUGGAAACUGCAUGGCGCAAAUGUCUUCUCACCAGGUCUUCCAUUUUAGCAGAGGAGCCAAGAAUGGAAGAGCUUCAGCUUAAAUUGAAAGAAUUUUGCAGAUCCUCUCAGAAUGAAGAAGAACUUUCUAACAAAGUCCUGAGUGUAAUUCGAGAGUAUAAAAGGGUAAAAGGACAGAUUGUGAAGAGAUGCAGCCAGCUCGGUGUGAGACUGCGAUGUGACUUUCAGGAAUUCCUGCGAGAGUUUCAGCAAUGGAGGAACAGUACUAUCAACCUGCUACAUUUGCCUCUGGACACUGAGGAUGGGGCUUUGACCAGGACUUAUCUGCAGAACAUUGAGGAUCAUCUGACUCAUAGCAACCAAUUGAAAAUCCAACUUGACAGAUUUCAGGGACUGGAGGGAAUGUUGGGCAGUGUCUACAGUGAAGAGCAGACUGCAACGUUUGAGUCUGAACUCCGAGAGGCAGUACAGCAACGAAUAUUCCUUACUGAUGGCCUUUUACAGAGACGGAGAGAAUUGCAGAUGCUGCCAGACUUGAAUUUCUCCAGCACUUUAUCUGAAGGGAAUUGGAUGACUGGUCGAGAUCCCAGUGCUUGCAAGCUGUUAUUGAAGAAGUUUGAAGAGUGGCUCAGAACUGAAGAUCGGAAAUUGAUGAGCAUUCUAGCUGCCAAACAUCCCAGGAGUAGCAGAGAGAGAAAACACAGAAAACAAGGCCUGAAGGUGCUGCAAUCUCGUGUCCCUCAGGGCCAGAAAAGUUUUGAAGAGCUCUUCAGUGCUGAGUUUCCGGGUGCGAAUGAAGAAGAGAAACAGCUGGAAGAUUUGCGAUACCGAUGGAUGUUGUAUAAAUCAAAAUUGAAGGAGGCUCAAGAACGUUCGGUUCAAGGCUCAGAUGAGGUUGUUGAAUUCAGAAAGCGGACCUCAGGAGGGAUCUGCCACUACCUGUCCCGUGCCUGUUGUGCAGCACUCCCUCUCCAACUGCUCCUGCUCCUCUUGCUGCUCCUCACAUUUUUACUGCCACUGAUUGAGGAGCAGGACAGCUGCAGUGUGGUGAACAACUUUGCUCGCUCUUUCUACCUGACACUGAGAUAUCAGGGACCCCCUCCAACAUAACCCCUGAGCUUACUUUGCAUACAGUUUUCUUUUAAGCUGUGAUGCAGGACAGCACAGUUCAUUUCCUUGUCCUAUUAUCUGUAAUGACGACAGUAUUUUUACACUCUUAGUUUGCUUUUGACAGACUCUGGCAAAAGUUGCUUGAUUAUUUUACAAGUAUUGGUCUGGAAGCUGAUUGUUUUUGGCUCUGUAAUGCUAUCAGAAUCCUGCUUAAGGGGAAGACUCCAUAAAGAGUGUUUUGUCAGUAUUUCCCUGCAAAAUAUUAAGCUAUUUCAAAAAGAACUUAUUUUAGCUACAAUAUAAAAAUAAUCUAUUUCAAAGGAGCUUUUAACAAUUUCUAAUUCAAUUCUGUCUGAAGUCCAAGGUUCCAGCCCUCAACUUGCAUGGCUGGACUGAUCACUCUUAAUUCCGCCAACCAAGAACUAGAUUUACAAGGGGUGUAACUUUCGUGAAUGGCCAAGAUGUGAUUGCUUUAUAUUUUUCACCAUAAAUUUAUCAUAUGGCUGACAGAAAUUACCAGGAAUUCAUCGGUCUAAUAUGUGCUUGAAGUAGUUUAUAAAUCUGUAAUUCAGUCAUUUUAAAAUAUCGUUGAUGUUAUACAACAGGAGUUCCAUCAGAAAUCUCAGUCAAAUUACCCCAUUGACGUUUGAUCAUGAAAAUUACCUGGGACUGUGGUUGAGUCAUGACAUAGAGGGGUGUGGUGGCAUUCAAAACAUUUUGCCUGUGGCAUAUUUGAAAGAAUUCCACAGGUUGUUCUAUUGUUGCUCUUUCCUUUAAAUUAGUAUUGUGCCUUCUCAAAUAUUUAUCCAAUUCACUCCUUACUGUUACAUCUCCUUCCACUAUUUUUUCAGGCAGUGCAUUCUAAAUCAUCGUAACUCAAAAUAUAAAACGAACCUCUAUCCAUAGCCACACCCUACCAUUCUUCUGACAGCUGUCUUAAAUCUGUGUCCUUCAAUUAUUAAUACUUCAACCCCGGAGAUGUUUCUUCAUUAACAUGAUCAGAACCACUUUAUGAUUUUGAGCACCUCCAUUAAAUCUUCCCUUUUGCCUUCUGUGCACUAAGGAGAACAAUGCUAACUUCUUCAAUCUCUCCUCAUGAUCAAAGUUCCUCAGUGCUGGGUGCUGUUCCAAGAAAUGUCUUUGUCCCCUCCAAGGUUUUCAUAUUCGUUUUGAGGCCCAGAAUUGGACUCCUGCUCGGGCCUAAGCAGUAAUUUGUAAAGGUUGAAUGGAGCUUGUGUGCUUUUGACUUUAUUUUUCUAAGGAUUGUAUCUUUUCCUGAGUUCCUCCAGCAAUUUCUUAUUUUAGAUCUCCAGCAUCUGCAGCUCUUGUUUGAUUUUAGUGUUUGACUUGACCAAUUGCUCCUGUGCUCGUUGAACUGAAUGGACUCCCAGUCUACUCGUUCCUUGUUUUCAAUAUUCUUAUCCUGGUUUUCAGAUUGCGAAGGUGUUACUCCUCCUGAGCUCAAGUCUCCUGCAAUCCUACCCUGCAUUAGACUCGUGGUAACCUUCCACUUUCAGUUUCCUGCAUACACCUAAGUUUAAUCACUUCCCCAUGCGGCCAUUCAGUUAUUUUUAAAUGUAUUCAUUUUGUGGGAUUUAGGUGUUGCCGGCUGUGCCCAGCACUUAUUGCCUGUCCCUCAUAUCCCUUGAGAAGGUGGGGGUGAGCUGCCUUCUUUAAUCUCACAAUCCACCUGCUGUGGGUUGACCCACAAUGCCAUUAGGGAGGGAACUGUCUGGGUGCAGAGCUGUGCCAUUCCCUCCCUAAAUGCCCUUGCCUUUGUACGUCUCCCAUUUUCUUUUCAGACAGGCCGUAGAAUUCAGUUAAACCUUGAAUUUUUGCCUCCCCAGUAAAACUGUAUUUGCAGCAGUUUGUGUUUUACUCCAUUAAAUGAAAAUACAAGUUCUUAUCAUGCUGAUGAUUUGUGUAUAUGUAUCCAGUCUCUAGAACUGUACCAUUCCAUUUGUGUUCCAUCUCCUCCUUUUCUUUUCAUAGUGCUUCACUGAACGCUUCCUUACAUUUAAACUGUAUCUGCCAUGUGACUGCCCACUUUACCAAUCUCUCCCCUUUUGGAAUCUGUUACUGUCUUGAUGUUGCAUCAUACAUUUCCCAGUUUUGUCAUUUGCAUUGAAAUUCUCUCCUACAUACCCAGUUCCAUGUUAUUAAUAUACAGCAAAAAGGCCAUUCAUAUCUAUGGUAACGCUGCCCUUUUAGCACAGGAGUUUAACAGCCUGAUUCCGGGACCAACGCAGCACAAAUGCAGAUUUUAUUUUGAGCCUUCAUCUGAAAUUCCUUGCUGGCUUCAAGCCUUGAAGACUCACCGUACUUUGCAAGUUUCUGAUGUGUGUGGUUUGAAGCUUCUCAUCUCGAAAAGAAAAAGAAAUGGCAAAUUUGAUUCUGCAUUUUUAUUUUCAAGUAAUAACAAAUGAUAUUUAAUUAUCUAGGUAUUAGUAAUGUCAAGUGUUCUUAUAAAGCUAAAAUCAAGCAAUCUUAAAGAAACCUCUUACACCAUUCUGUAAUAUAAACUGUGUGUAUAAACAUGUAUUUAUCUGGUAGUUAGAUUAGGUUAGAUUACUUACAGUGUGGAAACAGGCCCUUCGGCCCAACAAGUCCACACCGACCCGCCGAAGCGCAACCCACCCAUACCCCUCCAUUUACCCCUUACCUAAUACUACGGGCAAUUUAGCAUGGCCAAUUCACCUGACCCGCACAUCUUUGGACUGUGGGAGGAAACCGGAGCACCCGGAGGAAACCCACGCAGACACGGGGAGAAC